GGGCCGGUCCGCAGCGGCAGGAGGAUGGCUUGCAAGGCCUCCCGGGUCGGUGGCAUCCCGGGUGGGCAACGUCCCCUCGCCAGUCGUCAGUUCCCACAUCCGUAAAUCGGGGCUAGAACAGGGCUUCAAGGCACUACCGCGCGUAAGUCCCUGGAGAACGCCUGGCUUUGGAGCCUGACGGGGUCUGAGGCCCCCACGCAGCAGGCAGAGUCUAGGGGUUCUCUGCCAUGGACUCGCUGGCAGCACCCCAGGACCGCCUGGUGGAGCAGCUGUUGUCCCCUCGGACCCAAGCCCAGAGGAGGCUUAAGGAUAUCGACAAGCAAUACGUGGGCUUCGCCACACUGCCCAACCAGGUGCACCGAAAGUCCGUGAAGAAGGGCUUUGAUUUCACACUCAUGGUAGCUGGUGAGUCGGGCCUGGGGAAGUCCACACUGGUCCACAGCCUCUUCCUGACCGACUUGUACAAGGACCGGAAGCUGCUUAGUGCUGAGGAGCGCAUCAGCCAGACAGUAGAGAUCCUGAAGCACACAGUGGACAUCGAGGAGAAGGGGGUCAAGCUGAAGCUCACCAUUGUGGACACGCCCGGCUUUGGGGAUGCUGUCAACAACUCUCAGUGCUGGAAGCCCAUCACCGACUAUGUGGACCAGCAGUUUGAGCAGUACUUCCGGGAUGAGAGCGGCCUCAACCGCAAGAACAUCCAAGACAACAGGGUGCACUGCUGCCUGUACUUCAUCUCCCCCUUCGGGCACGGGCUGCGGCCCGUGGACGUGGGCUUCAUGAAGGCUCUGCACGAGAAGGUGAACAUUGUUCCCCUCAUCGCCAAAGCGGACUGUCUCGUCCCCAGCGAGAUCCGGAAGCUGAAGGAGCGGAUUCGGGAGGAGAUUGACAAGUUUGGGAUCCACGUGUACCAGUUUCCUGAGUGUGACUCAGACGAAGAUGAGGACUUCAAGCAGCAGGAUCGGGAGCUGAAGGAGAGCGCACCCUUCGCUGUUAUCGGCAGCAACACGGUGGUGGAGGCCAAGGGGCAGCGGGUCCGGGGGCGACUGUACCCCUGGGGGAUCGUGGAGGUGGAGAACCAGGCGCACUGCGACUUUGUGAAGCUGCGCAACAUGCUCAUCCGAACGCACAUGCAUGACCUCAAGGACGUGACGUGCGAUGUGCACUACGAGAACUACCGUGCACACUGCAUCCAGCAGAUGACCAGCAAACUGACACAGGACAACCGUAUGGAGAGCCCCAUCCCCAUCCUGCCACUGCCCACCCCGGAUGCUGAGACGGAGAAGCUCAUCAGGAUGAAGGACGAGGAGCUAAGGCGCAUGCAGGAGAUGUUGCAGAAGAUGAAGCAGCAGAUGCAGGACCAGUGACUCCGCCCCAGCUCCAUGUUGCCAUGGAUACACUGCCAGUUUGCAGGCUGGCCCUUCCCACCCCUGGACCCUAACUGGCCUGGACUCAACCCUGGAUUCAUCUGGAUCCCCUACAGGCCUGGACAGAGCCCCAAUCCCAGAAUGGUCCAGACCCAGACUGUUCCUGCCCUGACCUGGAAACGCAGGGUCACAGCCCCCAGCCACCCCUAAUUUAUUCUCAGCACCAAUUCCUCCCUCAUUUGUACCUGCUUCCGGGGGGCCUGACAACACCACGUACAGCUGGGCCCUCUGGCCUUGGGGGGCAGUGGCUGGGCUGGGAGUGACUUCUGAGAUCUACCCCUACCCCAGAAGUUCACAUGCUUAGACUCCAGUCCCUACUCGGGGAGGGAGGGUGCACCAAGGCAGAGAGGAGCAGGCCCCCAGGACCCCGGGCUUAGACCCCACCCCAGUGCUGCCGAGCAGACCUGGCAGCCCUCAUGUGCCUGCCUCCACAGGCCGCCCAGCAUAUGUGGGGACCUUACUUUGGCGGAGGUAGGCCCGGCCCUUCCUUACCUCCUCACCCCUCUGCCCUGUCACCACUGCGUAGCUCAGCAGGCUGGGUGGGCAGCCGAAGUGCUUUGGGUCCCUCUAGACCUAAGGAGGCCGGCUGGCUGUGGGCAGUGAGGACCUCUAAGGCCGGGAGGCCUGCGACCGCCCAUGCUCCUCCCCCAUGGCAGUGGCCUGGCCUGAGGGCUCCAGGACAGCGGGCAGUGGGCAACUUGGCAAACUCUUACCCAUAGACUGCCACUCCCUGCCUGUCGCUGGAGGUCCCUGUGUCCCUUCCCCCUGGCAGGACGGUCGCCCUGGGUUCCCUAGCCCUUGGCCCCAUCUCUCCACCCGCAUGAUCCCUUUCCCCAAACCCCAUUCUCCAGUUUUGUUCAGUUGUGAAUGCCGCCUCCUGUCCCGGUGACAGGAGAACAGUGUUGGUGAACGUC